AAACAUUUCUACACACACACACACACACACACACACACACACACACAAACACACACACACAAACACACAAACACAGACGCAGUUAGUGACUGAGGCUGCUCAUUGAAACACGCGCACACAUCGGUUCUGCUUUGCAUUCGUCAUCAGCCCUCUGUCAUCCGUCCGUCAUGCACAGCAGAGAAGAGAUCAGUCAUGACGAAUACCAGAAAACCGCUGACUGGCUGAUGUCCCAGACGAAGCACCGCCCCCAGGUGGCGAUCAUCUGCGGGUCCGGACUGGGCAUGCUCGCCGACACCCUCAAGUGUCAGGACUCCUUCGCUUACUCUGACAUACCGGGCUUCCCCCAGAGCACAGUGCAGGGCCACGCAGGUCGACUUGUGUUCGGGGAACUGAAGGGGAAGACGUGUGUGUGCAUGCAGGGUCGCUUCCACAUGUACGAAGGACACUCACUCUGCAAGACCACAUUUCCCGUUCGGGUCUUCAAGCUGUUGGGGGUGGAAACUCUGAUUGUGACCAACGCGGCCGGAUCACUGGCCGACGACCUCCAGCCUGGUGACAUCAUGAUCAUCAAAGACCACAUCAACUUCCCCGGACUGGUCGGUCUGAACCCGCUGAGUGGACCCAACGACGACAAGUUCGGACCUCGUUUCCCGGCCAUGUCAGGUUGCUAUGACAAAGGUCUCCGUUGCCUAGCGAUGGAGAUCGCCAAGCAGCUGGGCGUGGCCAGCCUCAUGCAGGAAGGCGUGUACGCCAUGGUGGGAGGGCCAACCUUUGAAACCAUUGCUGAGGCCAGACUGCUGCAUCAACUUGGGGUUGAUGCUGUCGGUAUGAGUACGGCUCCUGAGGUCGUCGUGGCGACUCACUGCCGUCUGAGAGUCUUUGGUCUUUCUCUGGUUACCAACAAGGUGGUGAAGAGUUACGAGGACUCAGACAGUGUGAACCACGAGGGCGUCCUGGAGGUCGGCCGGCUGCGUUCUCACACUGUGCAGCAGCUGGUGACUGAACUGAUCAGCAGGAUGGAGAUCAAUAACAACACCAAUGAUGCUGUCUGAAUGAACACACACACACACACACACACACACACACACACACACACACACACACAUAUUGUGUAUAUAUUUGAUUAUUGAAUUUACAGCAUUGUUUUGAGUUUCCUCGUGUUUUUGUUUAUCAUCUUAUCAUCAUCUAUUUUUUAUCCUUUGCUGUGAUUAAAAAAACCUUUAUUUAUAUCACCACGGUGCCUAAUAAUUCUCUAUCAGGGUAAAUCUGACUGUAAGUAUUGAUUUGUGAUAUUUGAUUAACCCUAAAGAUUAAUAUAACGAUGACCACUGUGUUUGAUGGUGAUUUAAUAUGAAAAGAUAUGAGACAAAGAUUUUUUUGUCUUCUCAUGUACAUUGUUCCUGUUGAAUUAUGGAGUUUUAUUUUGUACAAAAAGAAUCCCUGACUUCUUGAUCCACGUUAAUCUGAUU